GCCGGAUGCUUAUGUGCACAACGCCUGGGCUUCAGGGAGUGAGUGAGGAGUGUGUGGGUAUUGCGGCAGGGCGAGCUGGUUGGAAGUGAGCGCCCAGAUUUAACUGACCCAGAUGUUGGAGCUGCUGUGCAAUUCUGUGCCUGUGUUAAUGGGACAGAAGAAGCCUAGAAAUGGGACCGCGAGAAUAAGCUGUAGUUUGGAAUGAACACCAACUGCUGGAACCUCCCAACCAACUCAACACUUGGAGAAUGAGUUAACAACCGUGGAGACGGGGGGGGCGGGGAAAGGGGGAAAAAAGUUUGCUAUAAUACGGUAGCCGUGUGAGAUCGUACCUUCUGUAAAAAUGAGUCAUCUGUUCUGUUUAGGUACCAUUAGCAGUAAGAAAGUGGAGAGAUGAAGAGGAAAGAUGAGUGUAACCACAGCAGAUUGAUUCAGCGUUCCGGACAGUUAAGACCCAUCCUACCAGCGAGACAGCACUGAGACUAUAGCAACAGUAAAAUCCCAGCAACUAGAGAGAAGUAGGAAUGAACAGUAUCAGUGGAUGUGAUGCAGAUAAACGCAAGUUGUCACAGGCUGCAGGAGUCGUUGCUCAGCUCAGCAAGUGGAUACAGCAAUUACAGAGGAAUCCUCAACUGGUGCGUGGUAAUGCUGGUCUUGAGCAAUGCCCGUCUUUUUCUAGAGAAUCUCAUUAAGUAUGGUAUAUUAGUGGAUCCCAUUCAAGUUGUCUCCCUGUUCCUUAAAGACCCCUACAGCUGGCCUGCUUUAUGUCUUAUAAUUGUCUCGAACUUUUUUGUAAUCGUGACUCUGCAUGUUGAGAGAAGCUUGGCCAGGGAUGUUUUGUCUGAGGGGUUCGGACUAUUUCUGCACAGCAUCAAUCUGAUCGGCAUCCUCUCCUUCCCUGUUGGUGUGGUGUUAACGGUCAGUUCUAUAACUCCAGUUGGUGCUGAGAUAGCACUCAUGUGCUACACCAUCCUCUUCCUCAAGCUCUUCUCCUACAAAGACGUAAACAGAUGGUGCAGGGAGCUUCAGAAAGCAAAAGUGCGGACCCUGACUCGAUCUCAGUCAGCUCCUGGCUUAAAGAAGGAGAAUGGGGAAGUAGUGCAGCCAGUGGCUGUGUAUCCGGGAAACCUGACCUAUAAAGAUAUGUAUUAUUUCCUGUUUGCACCCACCCUGUGCUAUGAGCUAAAUUUCCCUCGGUCACCCCGCAUUCGCAAGCGUUUCCUGUUGAGGCGGCUGUUUGAAAUGCUUUUCUUCAUACAGUUAUUGGUGGGAUUAAUCCAGCAGUGGAUGGUACCGACCAUAAAGAAUUCCAUGAAGCCUUUCAAAGAUAUGAACUAUUCGAGGAUGAUUGAGAGGCUGCUGAAGCUAGCAGUUCCCAAUCAUCUGAUCUGGCUCAUCUUCUUUUACUGGUUCUUCCAUUCCUCCAUGAACUUCGUCGCUGAGCUGAUGCAGUUCGGUGACCGGGAGUUCUAUAGAGAUUGGUGGAACUCUGAGACUGUGACCUACUUCUGGAAGAACUGGAACAUUCCCGUCCACAAGUGGUGCAGCAGACAUUUCUACAAGCCCAUGUUGAAGAAGGGUGUGAACAAGCGGAUGGCUCAGACGUGGGUCUUCCUCGCGUCAGCAUUCUUCCAUGAGUACCUGGUCAGUGUCCCUCUGAAGAUGUUCCGCUUGUGGGCCUUCAUGGGAAUGAUGGCUCAGCUGCCGCUGGCCUGGUUGGUCGGGAGAUUCCUGAGCGGUAACUACGGUAAUGCUGCGGUGUGGCUGUCGCUGAUCAUUGGGCAGCCAGUGGCUGUGCUCAUGUAUGUCCAUGAUUUCUACAUCCUGAACAUUGAGGGGAAUCAGUGACC